UUUUUUGUAUUUUUGAAGAAUUAAACUACGAUUAGGUUGAAUGACUCCCUAGUAGUCUAUUUUUUAAGCAUCAGAAAGACCUUCUCCCCCGAUAUGAUAAACAUUGCCAUACUUCUGGGGCAGCUGUGGAUAAAGUUAUAUAAUGAAGAAUCAACACAUGGUUUGAAUGCUUCGCCUGAUAAGACCCUGUACGGACGUUCUUGGUGCAUCGUAUUACAGGGCCCCAUGCGCUGAAGGGCCUCCUAUUUGUGAUUGGCGGAUGGGUGACAGGGAUACCGCAGAUACGUUGGUAAGCUAGAUCUUCCAAGACCCAUCCAGCCUCAGCUGCUCAGCUGUUUUAAUUCUUCCUAACAUCUCAGCCCACUGCCAUUGCAAGAUUCCUAAGAUUGCUCUGUGAAAAGGCAGCCCUGGGUAUUAAGAAGGUAGGUGACUAAUUCGUCGUCAUUUCUGCCUCACCUUCAAUCGCUUUCCAACUGAACUUCUAUCCUACCUUAUCAAUUCGUACCUACGCGAUGGGUAAACCUUCAGAUCUGUCUGCCAACAAGGCAGCAGCUGAUUCCCUUUCGCUGCACUCGAACCCUGGCGAGAGCUCUAGACCCCAUAACAAUAACGAUGACCUCGACACACCUGAAAUUUCCAUCGACGAUUUGCCGCCGAACUACAGCGAAGUCGAGUCUUUGCUCCCACCAACCAUCCCGCCCCCCAGCCCGAUCAGCGCUCCAGUCACAGCCGCAUCCAUAAGGAUGGAAGACGGCAAAGUGUUCAACGAACUCAACAACGGCGCACAAUUCUGGAUAGCCAAGAGUCUCGAGAAUCCAGCCGCGCUCGAAUCGCACAUCCGAAAACUCGCCGCCAUCCCCCCGCGACCGUAUAUCAAUCUCGUCGGAACCCACACCGAGACGCGACGGAACGACAAGGACAAAACCGAGACGUCCACCGUCGUAGACUUCGACGUGUCGGUCGAGCUGACGCCGUACUUGUACUCGGACGCCCAGUACCGCAAGUCGUGGUGCCAGCUGCGCACCGUGGAGAACUUCGAGAAGACGAGGCGGGGCACCGUACUGCGGAAGCGGGCCCCGGGCACGAACCAGAGCAUCGAGGUCGGCGGUACGCCGAAGCCGACGCUGACGGAGUGGUGUCAUCGGUACGCUGCUAGUCAUGCCGGGUUGAAGGUGUUUGCGCUUCAGCGGACGAUGGUCGGGUUCGACGAGGAGCGCGUUAAGGAUCAGCUGCGGACGCUGGUGAAUAAUACUAAUUACCGCGGUCACCUUAAGGUAGAGCUCGUGAUGAAGAAUGCCCUGGUCGAGUGCUACAACGAGGCGAAGACGAAUCACUGGCGGCUUACGUCGUGGAUACAGACGUUGUUCGUGUUCACCCUGCUCUUCAUCUUCGCCUGGCCUUACCUGUGGCUAAGGACGAAGAGGUGGGAGGUCGCCAUUUCGGAAUGGCCGUUUUCGAGGGCGGCUGAGGGCGGUGGUAAGGAGUAUGUGAGUAUCAGCGAGGACCAGUGGUAUAACCUGUGGGCGCGCGCCAUCUACAAGGCCGUGAUGGAGAAGCAGCAGAAGGUCCUAGACCAGUCGGACCUCAGGAGAGCGCAGGAGCCCGACCCGGCGCUGAAUACUGGCAACGCCACCGUUGACGGCGCUCUCGGCUUGUUUAGGGCUGGCGUUGGCGCUAUGAACGAGGUGAAUCGGCAGUUAGGUUGGGGCAGGGAUUGCUAGAGACAUUUUCCAGUUUUAUUACGUCAACAGGGUUACCUAUGUCGAGGUCUGUGCCAUAGUAUCGUUUUCCUCUCUUUUGGUUUGUUCUUAGCGCAGGCGUCUAUGUGGAAGCAGGUGUUUGUCGUCGUUUCGAUGCUCGGGGCUGGUUGCGUGAUGGCUCUGUUAGGAUUAGGGUAGCGGUUAGGUUAGGUAAUAGCUACUAACGAGGACCAUUUGCCUAAAAUGGAAAAUGACUAAGUGAAGCGGUUAGUCAUCCAAUCCAGGUCCAUGCUGCUUCACG